AUGAAGGCUGUGCCUGAAUUGCUGUUCGCCUCCCUCAUUGAGUCCGACUUGUUGCUCAAUCCUUACUCAGGAAUUGAGACUCAACUAGAGAAAAAGGCCACCUACAUGCAAUCACGAGUGGAUAAACUCCAGCAAUACAAUAGGGACGCUGAUGCUGGUGUAACUCUGACCAAGUCGCAAGAUGAUGCUAGAAGUAAACUCGAUGAGGUAGUCAAACAUCAGGAAUAUGUCAAGCACCUUAUCGCCAUGGUUCACCGCGAUCAUCUCGCUUUCGACAAAGCGAUUAAGUCUGCGGAUGUCCUUUUGACCACCAAGAUAGCUUCCAUGCAGAGCAAAGCGCUUUCGCAGUCUAUUGUGUAUAGUGAAAUUUUGAAGCAGCUAGACAAUCCAACUUCAAUGCACCUGUUCCUCACAGGAUCUGAUGGUGCAGUUCGUUUGACCGAGAAUGACCUUCAUGCUUUACUUCGCCUUAGGUGGGCUUUUUCGCCGACAAUUGAAGAGUAUUCUUCAAUUGAAGAACUAGAGAGGACAACAUCCAAAGCUGCUGAUAUUGUAGCCGCAAUUAUAUCGAGAAGUAAUAAUGUUGUUGACACUGAGACGGGUUUACAAGGAAAAGAUGUGUGUGCUUUACUAGAGUCUAUCAAGAAUUCGAAGUUCUUUGCGAAAGGCAGCUUUUUGUGGGGAAGUGGUGGUAGCGAAAAUCUCGAGUCAGCUCCAACUGACUCAUCUGACAAAGAGGCUCCGCCCACCACAGAUUCCUCUUCGCCCAGUGCUAAUGAGGAGUCUGAUCGAUCGUUCGAAGGGAAGCCAAACGCAGCCCGUGUAGGAGGAAAUGAUAGUGUCGAUUUUUCGGAUCCCGAAGAUUUCAAGUGUUUGGUGAAUUCUGUUGUUACGGAUGAAGUAACAAAUGAGAAACCAACCUCAGCUUCUGUUCGUAUGCCAGCUGGUGAUUCUGCAGAUGAACAUAUCGAGUCGACAAAUGGAUCUGAUUCUGGAAAUGGAACUGUUACUCCUAGCUCUGAUAUUCAGGGUGCACCUCCGAAAGUGACCAAGUCCAAUCGUGGUGGGAAACAGUUCUUCAAGAAUCGUGCUUCGUACUAUCCAAGGCGGGUUCAGGAUAAAGCUUCGCCACAGUCCGGCAAUUCUGACGAUCGUAUUCCGAAAAUUUCCAAUUCUGUGAGAGCAAACGGCGAGGCACAACAGAGACGCCGCGACGAAAGGCAAAAUCGCCGAGGCGCUCGUUUCAACGGCUUCACUUCCUCAAACUGGAGCGAGAAUGAGAAUUAUCAGCGUCCACGAAACUCUCGUAACGGCAGAGGUCGCGCCAAUACGCAGCCACCCGCUAGCUUCCAUUACGAACCUGGGAUCGGCCGUCGCCCAGCACCUACCACUUGCGGGAUUGUGUUUGGUGGCAGAGCUUAG